AUGUCCCAGCAGAUAUUCCAGUUUUUAGCGCAAUGCUUAAGUCUUGAUGACAAAAAUACUAGGAAAGAAAGGAAAGAGGCAUACAAAUUUACACAUAUUUGUGAAAUUUGGGAUCACUUUGUCGAAAAUUGCAAAUCCUACUACACUCCAUCUGACCACUGUACUGUGGACGAACAACUGGUGGGAUUUCGAGGAAGAUAUCCAUUAAUUGUAUAUAACCAAAAUAAGCCUGAUAAGUAUGGAGUAAAGAUAGUAAUGAUGAAUGACUCAAAAACUUUCUAUAUGAUAAACGCUAUUCCAUAUGUAGGUAAAGUUAAGGUUGAAAAUAAAGAACCAGUGCCUUCAUACUACGUAAGAAAACUGGCAGAACCAAUAUACGGAACUGGGCGUACUAUCACUAUGUAUAAUUGGUUCACAUCCAUUCCUCUAUCAGAUGAAAUACUUGAACAUCAUCAACUUACUAUCCUGGGUACCCGACGCAAAAAUAAAAGAGAACUUCCACCAAGUUUGUUGACCAAAAAAGAUGUAGGUAAACAGAGCAUAAUAUUCGGAGCUUUGGGCCUACAACACAUCGACACUGUACCCAAGACACCAGCUCCAAGACCAAAAUUUAAAAGGACUAGCAAACCCACAGAGAAACUCUCGAUGUUGAUAGAAGAACAACAACUGAAGAAAAGCAGAGAAGAUAAAAUCAAAAGAAAUAAACUAUGGAAGAAGGCGUUUACCUUCAGACGAGAUGGAAAGGUUUAUGUGUCAUUCCGGUGUGGCUGGUGUAACUCCUCUUUGACCAAAGAUGCCAAGGAGUGUAUUGAAUGUACGGGCAAGAAAAAAUCUGCAAUGUGUUCUGUCAAAAAAUCAGCUAGCACUACUACGAAAGAUUCAACACCUGGCAAAGUAUCCAAGAAGUCUUCUACACAAGUGGUUGGAAAAAAGUGUACCAAACCUGUGAGUAAAGAUGAUUCACCUAAUAACAAAGGUCAAAAGAAAGACAGUCCCACAAAAGCAAGUCUUAAGAAGGUUCAGGGAUCACAAAAGGGUCUCAGGAAGGGACCGCAAAAGAGGAAGAAUAAAAUUGAAAUAAUAGAAGUUACCAAAAAGACAGGACAUGUCAUUAAAGUGUCUAGAUGUUCCAAUUGCAGCGCAUUUUUGAGCAAAGACACCAAAAAAUGCACCAAAUGCAUUCAAAGGCUGCAAAGGCGUUUUGAGACUCCACAUAUAGCAGCCAGAUUGAAGAAAUUAACAACUAGAGCAGUAACCAAGAAACAAAUAAAGGCUAAACCAGAAAGAAAACCAAUACUCAAGAAAAAAAUUAAAAAGGAAGAGGAACCUAUAGUUAUGUCGUGCAAACUUUGUAAAAAAGGCGUCAGAAAGGCUGAAGAAGACUAUUGCUAUGUUUGUAAUUACAAAGAUACGAUGAAAAUGAAGAAAGAGGACAGCGGCGCUGCAGAAAAAGCAAGUCCAACCAGUAGUAGAAAAAGUGAAGCGAAAUGCGAGGAUACAGAAGAACAAAGCACCAGCAACGUUCUUAGGUUGAUCCAUGAUAACAAUCAAGGCAUGGAAAUAUCUACUCGUGAGUUAACUGAUAGUGCUGUCAUUGAGAUUGUAGAUGUGGAUGAUGACGAACAAGAAUAUUGCCUAACAUUGAGCGGGAUUGAAGCUCUUGAUGAUGAAAACUAA